AUGAAAUUUGUUUUAAUAUUGGCGCUAGGAAUUUUAAAUACAAUUAGUGGCUCAAAAAUCAGCAACAAAAACAUAUUAUUACCUUUGGCUGACAUAGAAGUAGAAUAUGAAAUCACUGCAGAGGGAGGUUGUUUUGAUUGGAGUGCUUCAAAUAGUGCUAUAGUAGUAACAGGACAAGAUUAAUAAGGAUGUUCGAAGUCAAUAGGGAAGGUUAGAGUUAUAACAAAGAUGCCAAGUUAAACAUUUAUAUAUGUGAAAUCUAAGUCUUCAGAUACAUCUUAAUUUAUAGUAGAAGUAGUGGUAGGUGAAAUACACAAAUUGAGCAUCAUAACAAAAUAAAAAUAAUUGGAUUUAGAUACUUAAGAAGAAUUGCAUGUUUAAGCAUAUGAUGAUAAGGGAAACACAUUUACAACAUUAGAAGGACUUAAAUUUGAUUGGAGAGUGGGCUAAUUGGAAAUGGUGAAGUUUUCAGAAUCAGGUUUAAAAGUAUCAGAGAAAAGAGCAAGAUUAGAAUUUAAUAGUGAUAUCAUUGUGGUGAAGGGAAAGAAGGAAGGAAAAGAAACAGUUUUCACAAGUGUGAUAGAAAAAAAAUAUUAUGAAAGCUAAAUUUAAACUAGUGUAGAUUUAGUGGUGAUUUAAAAAUUUUAAUUUUCUCCUGAUUAUCCAGUAUAUUACUUACCUACAUAUUCUGUUAUUUAAUUCAAUCUUCUAAGAGCAGAUGGAAAAACAAGAAUAUAGUUACCAAGUGAUGUUCAUUAAUGGAGUACAUCUUCUAAGGUAUCAACUAUUGAUUAAAGUGGUGUUUUAAAAACAUAGACUAUAGAGAAUAAUUUAAAUCUUAUGGUAUUAAAUUCAAAAUAUAAUUACAUCUAAGCAAUAUAUCAUGUUGUAAAUCCUAAAUAUAUUGAUAUUGAUAUUUGGGAAGAUGGAAAAUAAAAAAGGGAAGGAAAAGUUACACAUUUAAUUGUAGGAAGAUUAUAUAGAUUCUAAGCUUUUUUAAAAGAUGAAUUAAAUUAAAGAAUAUAUUCUACUAAUGAUGAAUUCUCUUAUGAUUGUUAAGAUAUAAUAUUGAAUGAAUAAACUGUUAUAUCUUCAAUUGAAAAAUAAAAUGUGAAAUUAACAUUCAAAAGGGGUAAAUUAGAAUCUCAUGCUAUUAUUCAUUUUGUUCAACCUAUUCAACUAUAUACAGUUUUUAAAACUUACAUUCAUCUCCCAAUUAAUGAAUAAUAUAAUUUAAUUGUAAAUGGAGGAUCUGGACAUUACAAAUAUUCAUCAAGAUAUUCAACACCUUCUAUUUUUGAAAUCUAAAAUCCCUAAACCAUGGUAGCUUAAGAUUAAGGAGAGAAUAUCUUAAUAAUUUAUGAUGAAUUUAAUGUUUACAAUAGUCUAGAAGUAACAGUCUAUGUGACAGAUGUAAGUUAAAUUCUACCAUUUGAAAGAAGAAAAGAAUUAAUAGUAAAAGAAGCUGAUGACACUUUUUAUUAAGCUAUUGGAGAUCCUAAAAUAGGAAAUUAUACUUAAUGUAGAUCAGUUAAAUUUACUCUUGACCAUUUUGAUAUAUUCACAACCCAACAGAUAAGAGGAGAUCUAUCUAAUUAUUUGGUUUGUAAUGGUUUGAAAUUAUUAUCAUCAACACCAGGAUAAUACAAUCUUUAAAUCAAUACUCAAAAAAUAUCAGUUAUACAAUAAGUGAGAGUAUAUGAUUAUUUACAUUUUGAAUAAUCAGAAUAUUAUGUAACUCCUCAUUCUACUAUUACAACUAAAGUUUUGGGAGGACCUACUACUUGGGAUCAAACUCCAUAUAAUGAGAAAUUAUCUGAAGGAAUUCUUAAAAUUGAUAUGGAAAAAUAUCAUUUCAACUGUUUCUAGUAAAAGGCUUAAUUCAUCAUUACUAGAGUCAAUAAACAAUCAGAAUUGUUGCCUAAUCCUAAACUUGUUAGUAACACUCUACCUGUAAUAUGUUUAUUACCUAAUGCAUUCAAAAUAUUUAAUGAAAAGAAUCAAGAAGUAAAUUGGUUAUUCAAAGAAGAAACUGUUUAAAUUAAUGUAGUUGCUGUUUAUGACAAAAAUUUAUAUUACAACUCUAGUAGUUUAUAAUUAGAUUAUUCAACACGUGGAUUGAAGUAUUAAAAUAGAUAUUUAUCAUAUGAUAUUCAAUCAGGAAUCUCUGAUUGUAAAUUUAUUGUUGCUUCCAAAACUUAUAAUAAUUAUAAAGAUACUUUUUUCCCAACAAUUAAAAGUGAAUUAGAUUUAAUUAUACAUCAUACUUUAAAAUUGAUUCCAAGUGGUGAACAAUAUGUUCUUAUUGAUUAAAGUGUUUUAUUCAGAAUAGAAUCUUCAACUAACAAUAUUCAAUGUUAGUAUGAUAAUUAUAUUAUUGGAUGUCAAAAGGAUUAAGUUAUUAUUACUCCUAAAACAUUAGGUCAAUUCUAAUUAGUAGUUUAUGAUUUAUCACUUAAUUACAGUGUUUCAGCAACACUUAAUGUUAUUAAUCCAUCUCUAUUGAAUCUAGAAUUAAGUUAAUAAAUAACUGUUGUUGGAAAUUCUAUUAAUGCAACUUCAUAAUUUACUUUAAACAAGAAACUCGUACAUAUAACCAAUUGGACUCCUUUACGUUUGAAUGAUACUUUUGGAUUUAGCAAUAUCAAUCAAGCCAAUAAUUAGUUUAUAAUAACUCCAAAUAGAGAAGGUCUAUUUAAAUUAUCUACAUAAUAUGAUUCUACCUAGUCUAAUCAUGUUGAAUUAAAGGUUAUUUCUAAAUUACAAGCUGAAACUGUUUACAUGCCCAUUGAAUGUGAAACACAUGUAUUAUUCCCAUCUGAAAGUUAAUUUAGUUAUUCAGCCACUUCAAGUGAAAAUUUAGAAGUUUCAGUUAGUUAAAACAUUGUUACUAUUAAAUCUAAAGACAAAUAGGGAAAUUAUUUUGUUUCUGUGUUUUUAAAAUAAUUUAACAUUCUGAUUGACUCUAUUUAGAUACCAGUUAUAGUUGAUAAACCAAAUAGAGUUAUUUUACAUUACGGUAGAAAAGUUGAAUUAGGUUCUUCAGUUAGAAUUGUUGCUGAUUUCCUUAUUCAAAAUCAUCAAAUGAAUCUUUGUUUAUGUCCAAAAAAUAAGAUCAAUUGGUACUUGGAUUAAAAGUUAGUUUAGACCUCUCCUAAUUCUUUAGGACUUUCAGUUUCAACAGUUGUAGUUGGAAAAAUUAAUAUAAAAAUAACGGCUUUUGAUUUAGAAGCUUAGACUUAACUUGAAGUUGAAAGAUUAAAUUCUUAUACUAGAAAUUUAUUUAUUAAUACUAAAGCUUUGUAUCAUGUACCUCUACUAAUUCCUACAAAUAGCAAAUUAGCUUUAGGAUAAGAAAUAAAAAGUAUUGAAAAAAUGAACAUGUAUGCUCCAAAUAUUAUUGAAAGUGAUAGUAUUACUUUGUAGCCUUAAUUAUUAUUAGCUACUACUUCAAUGUUAAUUUAAGUAGAAGAAAUCUAUCAAAUGUAUCCUAUGUCCGAAUUUGUAAAUUUGAAAGUUGAUGAAAAAAUAGAAAUCGAAAUUGCAUACUUGAAUUAAGAAGGAUAUCAAUUUGAAGACAUUGAAAAUAAUAAACUUGAAGUCUUAGGUUAUACAAGACAAAUUGUCUAAAUUAAACUGAAUAAAAAUGGAAUCGAAAUUGAAGGUCUCAACUAAGGAUUUGCAUUGAUCAAAUUAAGUUGUGGAAAUAAUAAAAUUGAUUAUAUACUUGUAAAAGUAGGUGCAACUUUAUUGUAAAUGAAGGCUUAUCUUGGAUCCACAAUUACUUACCAAAUUGAUAAUCCUGAUAAACCUAUUUGGUUUUCAAAUUGUGGAAAUUUUUAAGAAAAUAAAUUAACAAUUUUAAAAGAAUUGAAUGAAUGUUAUGUUGAGGUUAAUGAUUAAGGAAAUAAAUUCAAAGCUGCACUUGAAGUUAUCAGACCUUCUCAUAUUAUUAUUGAAACAAAUAAAGGAGAUAAUUAGUUACUUAUCAAACUAAAUGUCAAUCCUAAAAUACCUCCAUCAGAUUAGAUCAACCCUAAUUUUGAAAUACAAAUAGAUGUAGAUUAACCAUAAUGGUUUUAAUUAGAGAAAACUAAUAACCUAUAUGAAUACAAUAUCAAACCUCUAAUUGCUGAAGAUAAUACUCCUAUGCCAAAGAAGGUGAAGAUUAAUGCGCUCCUUUCUAAUAAAUAAAUCACAUUGGAUGGAAGCAAAGAAGUUAUUUAUGAAAGAGAAUUCUAUCUUCCAAAUCAGGAAAUAUUUAUUUAAAAUAGUCAACCUAUUCAAACUCUAAGAAUUCCAUACUAUAGAAAUAUUGAAAAAACUCAUCAAGACAGUCAUCUAUAAGGAUUGAUAACAACAUAAUUUUCUUAGGGUAGAGUAGAGAUUGUUUUUGAUUUCAGUUAAUGUCAUGAACCUACAGAAGGAGAUGUAAUUUUUGAAAAUGAAUAGAAGAUAAGAGUUAAAUUUGUAUAAGAGUCUAAUUAUGAAUUAAUAAUAUUUUUAGCUGCAUUAGGUAUAUUAUAAUAUUAAACUUUUAGUAUUCUUUGUCUUAGUAGUAAUGAAUUAUUUCAGAUGAAACAACAUGUGAC